ACCCUGAAACCCCAAAUUCGACAGACAAAGAGAGAGUGGUGGCUGGGCAGCGGGAGAAGGACGAAGCAAUCGUGUUUUGUGUCAUCCACCAAUCGUGAGGUGCACAGGCUGCAGGAGAAAGAGGACACUAGCAGAACACAAUCGAAGAUAUCGCCAUCACUGGUUUAUUACUUCGUCGCUGCAACUCAGAUUAUGGACCAAGCUCAUGUUGUUGUAUGCUUGCGGGAGGAUCUCUGCAACCUGUUGAAGAGGAGCAGAGAGACUCUUCCCAUGGCUACCAUCUGAUCAGUUGUAUUUCUUUUCCUGUGGUCUUACUAUCCCUCCUCCGAGCAUUUUCCCAAUGCAGUUUCUCAUAGCCCUUCUGGCUAGUGGCUAGUCUUUCUAUUUUACAAGAAGCUCGUAAAAUGAGUUGAAGACUAUUGAUUGCUUCCGUAAACAUAUAUGAUAUUGUAAAUCAAGUUGAUGAUGUACUAAUUAGGAAGAUUAGUCUAUUGUAUAGUCAACUGUUGAACUCAUUUGGUAUAUAUCAUAAGAAGUUAAACUUUUUUCUCUCA